CUUAUCAUCACCAUCAACAGCAGCAGCCAUGACCGAGGUCUCGUCCACUCGACUUUAUCUCGGGAAUCUUCCCCGCAACGUGACCAAACAGGAUAUCGAGGAACAUUUCAGCAGCCAUGGCUCUGGGAAGAUCACAGAAAUCAAACUCAUGAACGGCUUCGGCUUUAUCGAAUACGAAGAUGCGAUGGAUGCUAGAGACGUCGUUCCCGCUUUCCAUGGAAGCGACUUCAAAGGCGAGCGACUCACCGUGCAGUUUGCGCGUGGACCACGUCGUAAGGAGAACUUCCCAGGCCCAAUGGACCGCCCCAGUGCGCCGCGUCCCCGUCGCACAGGCUUCCGUAUGCUGGUCUCUGGUCUCCCGGAAACAAGUUGGCAGGAUCUCAAAGAUUUCGCUCGCCAAUCUGGCCUUGACGUCGUUUACUCGGAAACUGGCCGUGAGCAUGGUAGAGGGUGGGUUUGACUCUGUGCCUUUCCACAAGGCUGGCUUUGGAAUCUAUUAACACCAAGGAAGAUUUGUUGAAUUCGAAACUGCGACCGACCUCAAGACGGCCGUUGACAAACUCGAUGGACGCGAGUUCAAGGGCUCCCAAGUGACUUGCCUCGCCGAUGUAAGGAUCCUAUGCGCCUUGGAAGCCUGGAAGGAGAUCCUCAUGUUUUCGUUCUUAGAUCCAACCCGUUGAUGACCGCGUUUUCCGCGACCCAUACCGAUCUCGUUCUCCC